AUGGCGACCCGGAAAGUCACCCUGAAGCUCCUAAUCAACAAGAAAACCAAGAAGGUACUCUUCGCCGAAGCCGGCAAAGACUUCGUCGAUUUCCUCUUCACCCUCCUCUCCUUCCCGCUAGGAACCGUGAUUAAGCUCCUGUCCAAGAACAAAAUGGUGGGUUGCUUGGGGAAUCUGUACGAGAGCAUCGAAGAGCUCAGCGACACAUUCUUCCAGCCCAACCUGGGCAAGGCCACGGUUCUGAACCCGAAACUCCCCUCCCGUCCAAGCGGCAGCACCCUUUUGUUGUCCGACGGCGGCGAAAAUGAUGGAACGGGAGCAACCAGGAAGUUCUACGUGUGCGAGAAUAAUGGUUACCAUAGGAAUGUGACUGAUAACCCGCUGGCUAUUUGUUCUCAGUGCAACUGUAGGAUGAGAACCCAGGUUUCCUUCAUCACUGCCCCUUCUGCUGCUGGGAAUGAUCAAGAAGGUGGGUUUGUGAAGGGAGUCAUAACUUACAUGGUGAUGGACAAUCUGGAGGUUAAGCCGAUGUCUACAAUCACCAGCAUUACUAUGUUGAACAAGUUCAACAUUCAGGAAGUUGGUGCCCUUGAGGAGAAGGUCAUUGAGCUUGGAGUGGACGAGGUAGCCCAUCUCUCGGUUUUUUGGACAGAGGGGCUGGAUCUGCUUAAGGCCUCUUUGCAGUCCCAGACAGUUCUGACAAGUGUUUUCCUUGGAGCAUGA